AUGUCUGCCUACAAACAAGCUGGUAUUUCAUUAAACAAGGCCUUGGCUCUUUCUGCUAAGGCAUUAAGGUCAGCUUUAAAGCCGGAAUUCAAGGCAGCUGCUGAAAAAAGAGGAACCUGUGAAGCUAAAGUAGCUAAGUUCGAAAAUGGUGAAGCAACCGAAGCAGUUCCUUUGAACAAGGCCUAA